CACAAGAUUAACACUAAUACGUACACGAUUUGGGUUGCGUCUUCAAGCAAUCAGUGACAGCCUGUGUCCAGUUGCCUUCUUUCUCCCUGCCUCGGGCGCUUGCAACUGACCGCGUGCACCAUGACCGCUGAAGAGCCAACUGCUAAACAUCAACUUCUCAAACUUGCUAAGGGAGCGACCAUGGGCAUUAAGCUGAAAAGCCCUCGGCUCAUCAUUGGGCCGCUGGAGCUGGGGCUCAAAGGCACCAUCGACGUGCUGGAGGCGGACGAGAAGGGCAACUUGAAGAUGGCUAGCUCUACGGCUUUCAGCCCGUCGCUGAGCAUCAAGGACGUGUUUUUCCGCGGCCGCAUCGAGCUGCCGCUGCAGCUGGUCCGUGGACGGGGGCUCAUCUGGACCAACAGUGUGUCGUACAACAAGAAGAUCCGGCUCCCCUUCCUGAACACGGAGCUGUGGUGGCUGCAGGUGGCGGCGGACCUGCCCGGCAGCGCCAAGGCGGCGGGCGGACUUCUGGGCCGAGGGCUGCUGGGCGUGCGCGUCCGCACCGGCGCGGAGCCGGUGUACCAGGAGAACUUCACCCGCCGCCCGCCCAACUAUUCUCUGGAGCUGAAGCCGCGGCUGGGCCUGCCCCAGUCGCUGUACGACAGGGCGGGCUUCCCGGGCAGCGUGUACCUCAAGGCUGACGCGCUGCUGCGCGUGACGGACAGCGAGGCCUCCCUCCAGGCCGUGCGGCCGCAGCUGCUCCUGCGCCGCCUUGACGCCGUGGUGAGGCUGCAGCGCCGCCGCGGCGACGCCGACGCCGGGGACGGCGCGGGCGGAGCGGUGGUGCCGUACAAGCCGGCGCGGGUGGUGCGCAACGUGAUGCACGCGGCGCGGCGGCUGGUGGUGGAGGACGCCGUGGCGGAGGAGGAGGCGCGGCACGUGCGCGCGGCGGUCAAGGUGGCGCGUGUGCUGGAGGCGGAGGCGCCGCCGCAGCCCGACCCGAUUGACAGGGCGGCAGCCAAGGCGCGCGAGUGGGCGCACGCCAUCCUGGUCAACUCGUGUGUGGCCACCAAGCACCUGCAGGAGACGGCCGCGGUCACGGGGGAGCGCCUGCGCCGCGCGGUUGGCAUGGGCGGCGCUGCCGCGCCGGCACCUGCGCCCACCGCGGACAAGGCCCGCUAAGCUUUGACGAAGAGCGUGUUAGGCAGCGUUGGAUGGCGAAGCUGCCUUCGGAAGGAGCACACGAGUGGCUGGGUUGCAGGCUGGGGAAGCGUGAGCUUUGAGCAGCAAGACUCGCAUAACACAAGGUGAUGUGACAGGAGGAGGAGGCGUUGGCCGAGAAUACAGCAACGCUUUUGAAACGUUUGCUACAUCGGUCUCAGUCCACACCGUGCAGAAUGCGGGGAGUCAUGUUGCCACGAGGAGGGGUAGCGCCAUGGAGGUGGGAAGCGGUGGGGUCUUCAUUCUUUUUGUGCAGCAAGGCGCCGUUAUGUGGCGUUUCGUUGUGCGUGUGUGUAACGUGCUUGUUUGUCGCAGCAGGUCGUAGCUUUCAAGGCCUGCGUUUCUACGUGCAUUCAAGCGGGCGCAUGGACUAGGUGUUGCCAGAUCUCCGUCUCUUAGGCGCGGCCCGUCCCUGCCGUGUACCUCGUUGCGCUCUCGCGCACGCAUGGCAGGAAAUGCUGUAUAGUGUCGGCGUCACAAUGCAGAACCCCACGUCCCCGCUGCACGUUGCAGGGGCGGAGGUGGGUGCAGGCAUGCUGUGAUGCGGUGGGUCGUGCAGUGUGCACGACAGGUGUGUUCAAGACUGGGUGUUUACAGCAUGCAGUAUCGUGGGGGCGCCGGUAGCUUGCAGACAGACAGAGGAACUAGGCAGGAUGUGAGACGACGCCCGGACAACUUGAGUGAACCGCAGUGCGCAGGUUAGUGCAGUAAAACGCAGUAGGGAGGUAGGCAUCACGCUCGUAAAUUGGUAUGAUGGGGAAGCUGAGGCGUGUCCGUACGGUUUGCGCCAUUGAAGUGCAAGGCUCUCGUGGGAGUUGAAGUUAAUCGGCGCUGCCGAAGCGCUGAGAGGAUUGAGCCUGCGAAUUGGAGCGUGAAGUAGAGACGACGUGUGCGAAACACCAGGGCCGCUGAGAUGAAGCGAGUGUAAUAACAGAGCGAC